AUGGCUCUUACAUAUACAAAUAAAGUUUGUCUUGCACCCAUGGUCCGUAGUGGUGAACUACCCAUCCGUUUACUAGCCCUUCGUUACGGAUGCGAUCUUGUUUGGUCGCCAGAAUACAUCGAUCGGAAAAUCAUUCAAACACAACGCAGAGUCAAUGCAGAACUCAACACCAUUGACUAUAUAAUACCAAACAACAAGGAUCCAUCAAAGAUGAAGCACAACCAAGACAAUGUAGUAUUUCGCAAACAUCCAGAGGAGACGGGAAAAUUGAUCUUUCAACUCGGAACAAGCACACCAGAAUUGGCAGUAGAGGCGGCACUGCGAGUAAUUGAGGAUGUAGAUGGCAUUGACUUGAAUUGCGGGUGCCCAAAAUCAUUCUCUACCCACGGCGGAAUGGGUGCUGAGUUGUUGAAAACACCAGAUAUACUCUGCUCAAUAUUAAGAGCACUAGUUGAAAAAGUUGGCAACCCAAAUAAGAAACCCAUCAGCUGCAAAAUCAGGCUCUUGCCCAACUUUGAAGCUUCAAAACUCUUAAUUGAACAAAUUUGUCAAACGGGGAUCAGAAAUUUGACUAUACACUGUCGAACACCCAUUAUGCGAAAUAGACAAGACCCAUUCUGGAAUUAUUUGCCCAAACUUAUACCGAUAAUUGAGUCACAUGGAAUAAGUGUCAUACUCAAUGGUAACUUCCAAGGUAGAGGAGACUUGACCAGCUUGCAAGAAGCAUUGGGAAACCCAAACUUGAGUAUCAUGAUAGCAGAAGGAGCAGAGGCAAACCCUUCUAUAUUUAUUAACACCAACACCAACACCAACAAUAGCAACACCCAUUCUGUUGCAAAUACGCCAUCACUGCCGAAAACACAGGCUGAGAUCAUCAAUGAAGUAGUCGAAUUGGGCAAAAAGUACUAUUUAUACUCUGGUACCAAAUUCAUGGUGUCCAAUAUGACCCCGGGCAAGUCAAUAUAUUUUCAAAAGUUUGCACGCCUGAAAAGUUUUGAACAAAUGGAGGAAGUAAUCAAGGAGAUGAAUAAUGAAGGUGGAUGUGAAGACGAAAGUAAGAAUCUGAGGGAAGCUUCAGAUUUUAGUGCUCGCAGCAACACUAGCACCACCACCACCACCAGUAUUGAUAAAAUUUAUAAAAUCAUGACCAAAGAUUGUCAGAAACCCAGAUUUUGGGAUGCAGAAGGCUACCAGAACUACAUGGCACAACGGCAGAAUAAGAUGCAAAGAUACUUUAAAAAUUGGAAUGAAGAAGAGAUGUUGAAAGACUUGAACGACACACCUACACCGAGGACAAACGAAACUUUCAACAGUGGGAACAAACGUCAGGGUAAGAGCAAAAAUAGCAACAACAACAACAACAACAACAACAACAACAACAACAACAAAACCAAGGGUGACAAAGAAACGGAAAAAGCAUUAAAGCGUCAUUCUCAACAAGAAGAAAUAGAGAACAAAGUGAAGGUCCAAAAACUUGAUGGCGAUGCAAUUCACGCGCAAAUGGUUUGA